GCAGAAGAGCCGCCCACAACACCACCACGCACAGAAGCCAUGGGAGCAGAAACAAAGACAGAAGGGCCACGGCCAUCGAAGCUCAAAGUCGCGCUCGCCUUCCUUCUCCACCAAUGGCUGCUCAUCGGCAUCGGCGUCGCCUGCGUCCUAGCCUACUUCUUCCCCUCCGUCGCCGCGCACGGCGGCAUCAUCCGCUCACAGUACUCGAUCCUGUACGGCGCGGUAGCGCUCAUCUUCCUGGUGUCGGGGCUCAGCAUCGCGGGCAAGAAGCUGCUGGUGCACGCGCUGAACUGGCGCUUGCAUCUGAUCGUGCAAGGGGCGAGCUUCCUGCUCGCGCCCGUGACUAUGUACGCGCUGGUGCAGGCGGUGCGGGCGGGCGACCCGCUCGAGAACAUCGACAGGAGCGUGCUCGUUGGUUACGUGCUCACGGCGUGCAUUCCGACCACGAUUGCGAGCAACGUCGUCAUGACGAGGAGUGCGGGGGGCGACGACGCCGCCGCGCUGGUCGAGGUCUUGAUUGGGAAUGUUUUUGGGCCGAUUGUUAGCCCUGCGUGGACUGUCGCGCUGAUUCCUAAAGAUAACAGCUUUAGGCUGUGGGAGAAUGUCAGUGGCGAUCUUACUGAUAUGUACCGCAGCGUCUUCAAGCUCCUGGGGUUGAGUGUCUAUGUGCCGCUUGCUGUGGGCCAGUUGGUGCGGUGGAAGUGGAGUGAGCAGACGGCUUGGGUGAUGCAGACGUUUUACUUGAAUAAGGUGGGCACGUUUAUGCUGUUGCUGCUUAUAUGGACAUCCUUCUCGACCUGCUUCGCUACAAACGCCCUGCAAACACUCUCCACAGAGACAAUCAUCUUCAUCGUCUUCUUCAACAUCGCCAUCUACCUUUUCUGGACGCUCAUCUGCUUCGGCUUCGCGCGAAUCUGGCCCCAGCCCAUCACCGACUCAACCAAGGGACUUGUACGCCGUUUUCCAAAGACAGAGACGAUUGCGAUUUGUUUCUGCGGCCCCGCGAAGACGGCUGCUCUGGGUAUUCCGCUGCUCUACGCCAUGUGGGAGCACUUCGACACCGAGGUCAAGGCCAAGAUGUCGGUGCCUAUUAUUUUGUAUACUACGGAGCAGAUAUUCUGCGCUCAUUUUCUUGUUUCGCUUUUUAAAAGAUGGCUGGGGAAGGAUAAUAUACGCGAGGCAGAAAUUGCUGCGGAGCCAGAGAUGGCAGUUGUCGAAAGACCUUCUGUGGAUCCAAAGUAGUCUUUUUUGUCAUUAGGAGGAUUUCUAAAUCCGCCUAGAGAGUCUUGGG